AUGGGAAACGCAUCCAACGCCUCGGUGUUCAUCUCCACCUUAUCGGAGAAAGAAGACCUGAUUUUUGGCACACUCUAUUUAGUCUUUGGCCUCGUGUCCCUCUCUGGGAACUCGCUGCUCCUGCUGGUGGCCUAUCAGAAGAGGUCCAUGUUGAAGCCUGCUGAGUUCUUCAUUGUCAACCUGGCCAUCAGUGACCUGAGCAUGACAGUGACACUCUUCCCCUUGGCCACCUCGUCCUUCUUUGCACACAGGUGGCUGUUCAACCAGGCAGUUUGCACCCUCUACGCUUUCUGCGGGGUCUUGUUCGGGCUCUGCAGCCUCACCAGCCUGACAGUGCUCAGCACGGUUUGCUGCCUGAAGGUCUGUUACCCAGCGUAUGGCAACAAGUUCUCACCCUGCCACGCCGGAGUGCUGCUGCUCUGCGUCUGGGCCUACGCCCUGAUGUUUGCCACAGCCCCCUUGGCCGAGUGGGGCAGCUACGGCCCCGAGCCCUACGGCACAGCCUGCUGCAUCACCUGGGAUGCCUCGAGCAGGGAGGCCACGCUCUACAUCGUCGCCCUCUUCAUCUUCUGCUACCUUCUCCCCUGCCUCCUCAUCCUCAUCUCCUACUCGCUGAUCCUCUGGACGGUGCGGGUGUCCCGGAGAGCCGUGAGGCAGCACACGUCCCCCCAGCGCAGAGCCCGCAGUGCACACAGCCUGGUUGUGAAGAUGAGUAUUGCUGUGUGCCUGGGCUUUCUGGCUGCGUGGACCCCUUACGCUGUCAUUGCCCUGUGGACAGUCCUCGGCGAUGCCAGCCAGAUGCCGGCACUGGCCUUCGUGCUGUCGUCUGUCUUUGCCAAGUCCUCAACGCUCUACAACCCCCUGGUGUACCUGCUCUUCAAGCCCAACUUCCAGAAGUUCCUCUCCAAGGACAUGGUGCUGCUCCGGGCCAUCCGCACCCUCCUCUGCUGUGGCUGCCCAAGCGCUGUGCUCCAGCCCUUCCCAUCCCCGGGCUUCGGUGACCACUCUGGGGCUUGCAGAAACUGUGAUGACACUUUUGAGUGUUUCAGUAACUAUCCCAAGUGCCACAAACUCCCCCAGGCACCUGGCAGCUCACCCCGGCGUGCUCCCCUGGCUAUCCUGGCCGAUGGAGCUGCAUGCCAGCCAGGGGUGAAGAGGACAGUGCAGGUGAUGGUGCUUGUCACACGGAAAAGGUCAGGCCUGGGUGCUGCGAGUGUGGCAGGGGAACCCCUGCCACCGAGCAUCAUGAAAGACCUUCUCUGA